AUGAAGAACUAUUUGGAGCUGAUGGCUCAGAGGGCAGAGAUUUUUGAGAUCACGUUCGGUGCUGAACAUGUGCAAUUGUCGAGUUAUACUACUGGUAUUUAUACUUCGGAGAGCACAAUUCUUCGUCAGCCGCUGAAUACACAAAUGAUUAUGAGAUUAGACCAGAUAGAGGCUCUGGCGGUCGAGGAAAACAUGUCGCUGGGUAUCCGGCUUAAAGAGUUUCGUGUAUUUAUAAGUCUUCUCGACAGUUUGAGUCCCCAGUCGCUGUUUGAAGCGUAUUUCUUUAAAGCUGGGUAUCCUAUGCUGUUCAGUCUGUCAGACCAAGCGGUUAUUUCACUACCAGUACAACAGCUCAAUCCCGGUGGUGAUUCUACUGGUGGUGGUGGUCCUGCUAAAGCUGUUCCUCGAGGCAUAGAUAUUUCGUUUGUGUUUUUGACGACUGGACCAUCGACCGGGUCGGAUAUUGGUACUACUAGUACCACUUCACAUCUUCCAUCCGACAGCGAUGCUAUUGUCGAGAGUCGCAAUGUAUCUAUAAUCCGAAGAGGAAUCAGUCGAGCAGCAGCUGCUUCUGAUACUAUGACAACUUCAGGAAGCACGACAACAGCAGCCGAGUCUAUAAUCGGAGCACGAUCCAUGUCAACUGUUACUGACACCGACAGUCUCACGAGCGGCGGUCGUAACCACAAUCACAACAGACGAGCCUACAACUUCGACGGUGACGAUCCAUCAGGCUCUCUGACAGCCUCGGGUUCGAUGUUGGUCGACUCUGCACACGAACUCAAUAAUAACAACAACGACGACUACGAAAUACAACCCAGCGUGCGAUGGAACGACAACGACGACCACGAGCUCAUGGCGCCCGAUCAAACCAUGCACCAGCAGCAACCACAACCAAGCACCACCGAAUCGUCACUCUUCGUCUACCAAGAAAACGACGACGAAGAAGAAGCGCUCGACCACGAACUCCUGACCUUCGCGAGCCAGCUCGACGCCAUCGGGCCCACACAAAACAAGUCGCAAGCCCACGGUCUUUUCGACGACUGA